CCUUUGAGCGUCGGGCAUUUCUGUCUCCCGGAACCAAAGCGUUAUGCUCUCCUUCCUAGUCUCUCGCAUCGCAUUUCAAACAAGCACAAAGCCAUGGCCAGUCUAGCAGCGGCCGCAGUUUGUCGAGCUGCUUCUUUAAGCCGUAUUUCUUCGCCAAGAACACCAAUUCAAGCCGCCAGCCUUAUCCAUAAGCGUGGUCUCGCCGGUGCCGCGGAUCACCAUGGAACCCCCAAAGUUAACUGUUGGCAAGAUCCGCUGAAUCCAUCUAAAUGGAAGGAAGAGCAUUUUGUAAUUGUUUCUUUAUCUGGCUGGGGUUUACUCUUCUUUGGUGGAUACAAGUUCUUCACUGGAGGCAAGGGCAAGAAAGAAGAGAAAUUGGUGGAAGCGACGCAGUGAAGUUUGGAUAUUUCCACAUCCCAACUGUUGCUGGUAAUAAUGUGAAGGCGUGGGCUUUCCCAUGUUUUCCGUUCUUUGUUUCGUUGGCUGGCGAGAAAUCCUUUUGGCUAGUUAUCGAUAAAUCCCUGAAUGAUGUUCCUUGGAAGACGAUUCUUUCCAGGACAUAUUUGCUACUUUUCAUUCACUAUAUGCUUGCCGGUCUUCUACUAAUAAUUUAAGGACACUUCUACUUUUGUAAGCAAUUAAUUUCAUUGACAUGAGCUACAACUGGUAUCGUCUUAUCGUUGUGCUCUAAAUGAGCCUAUUGACGUGAAGUAAUUGGCUGGA